GUUUAUAAUGAGUCACGCAUUUAGAUGAGGUAGAGUGGAAAAAGCCACCUCAUCUCUUGAAUUGUAAUUUUUUGGAAGACAUUUUUCAGGAUGAAGUUCUUGUGGUUGCUGGCCAUUUUGGCGGUGAUUUGUUACGCAAAUUGUGUAAUGUUUCAUCUUUCUCCCAAUACACAGAAGUGUCUGCAGGAAGAUAUGCAAGCUAAUCAACUUGUAAUGGGUGAAUAUGAGGUUACAGACGUGCCCGGUCAAAUCAUUGAUUACAUAGCCCGUGAUUCGAAGGGGCAUAUACUUUCCCAGAAAGAACACAUUACAAAAGGAAAAUUUAGCUUCAUGUCAGAGAUUUACGAUACCUAUGAAAUUUGCUUUAUUUCUAAAGUGCCACCUCAUCAACGAGGUGUCAUUCAGGAGAUAUCGUUGGUAACUAAGAAAGGAGUGGAAACUAAAAACUAUGAAGGCAUUGCUGAGGCUUCAAAAAUAAAACCACUCGAAGUAGAUUUGAAACGCUUGGAGGACUUAUCGGACUCAAUAGUAAGAGAUUUUGCGUUGAUGAGAAAGCGCGAAGAGGAAAUGCGAGAUACUAAUGAGAAAACAAAUAGCCGAGUGCUAUUUUUCAGCAUCUUCAGUAUGUGCUGCCUUUUGGGUUUAGCCACAUGGCAAGUUCUUUAUUUGCGUAGAUACUUCAAAGCCAAGAAACUCAUAGAAUAAAAAUAAAUGUUAGUAUUUUUUUAA